GUAUUUCGCGCUCUCCCGUACGCUGCCAUUUGCCGAUAGCAGUGUGGCACGCGUGCUGGCACGCACCGUACGAUGUAAAGUACACUGGCCAAAGGAGAAGUUUGAACAGUGCUCCGGAGGCAUCAUCAAACUGAUCAAAAGCUUGCUCGCCAAGGACCCGGCGCAGCGGCCCUCGGCGGCGACCACGUUCGCGGCGAUGUGGGCGUUGCUACGCCCCCGCGAGCGGCAGACGGAAAGUGUGGUUCAGUCUCUGCAGGCGGUCCCAGGGCGGUCCUCGUCCAAGACGCGCCUCUCGUUCUCCUCGUCUCCUUGUUCUACUCACCGGCCCAGCGAUCAAACGCCGCGCGCCGCAAGCCCGUUCCGCAAGAUGAUCGAGACCAGGCAGGUGAGAAAGACGUCCAGGGAGUCAGUGGUGAAGGAGGACGGACUGCCGAGAAACGGCCAGGGGUGGUACCAGGCGGGUCAUGCUCGUGGCCGAGUAGAUUCACUUCAAUCCUUCCUGAGAUGUAAGGAUAGCGGAUGCUCUGGCAGUGGGCAUCCUGAACGAGAUGAUAGUGGAGGAACCCGAGGGACGAAGACCGGCUCACGCGGGCCCGAGCGGCCGAAGCAGAAGACAGGCUUUAUCCGUCGUCGCAUGAACGACUUCUUCCAGAGGAUCCAGCGCAUUGACCAGCACGGCGCCCAUCCAAAGUUGUACGACCGCGACACAGGUCUAGCUGCUGAGGGCAACGCCUUUGGAUCCGUGGUCCCAUUGCCCGCCAACCAGCCGGCCGUCCUGGAGACAGCGGACCGUCGGCAUACCUUGCGUUAAGGACCCUGCCCGCCCGCGGCAGCCAUUUCGACCUGCCUCGAGGGCCUCGGAGACGAGUGUUCAUGAAUUGGAAGCUUUGGAGAGCUUUCGUAAGGAAUCCGAAGCCUCAAAUGGCUGCGCCCAGAGUGGAAGAGCGCCCAGUUGACUUCACUCUAGGGUCAUUUGAGGUCAUUUUUUUUCAUGGCAUGCGCCUACCUUCACCAGUCUUUUGGCCCACGUGAUUCGGCCGCACUCCUGGCGUUUGGGUCUCGUUCUUUGGGAGUCACCAGUGCCCGACUUCACAGGUCACCUGAUAGCCACAAACUAUAGGAGACCUGUUGGGAGGGUGCUGGAGGGUGUCGAAUGGUGUGCCGC